CACUAGACUAGACCUCCAUUGACGUAUUCUUUCAUUACCUACCUACCCCGUUUUGAUAAUUAUAUUUGCGUUUUUCUUUUGUAAAACGUAAUUAUUUCAUUAUCAUUAAGUACAAUAAUCAUCUAUCAAAAUAAACUGCAUUAUUAAUAACAAAGUUUUGUCAGCUGUGUAUUAUGUUAUGAUAAUCGAAUGGUAGUCAACAACCAAUCAGCUGAGUUUUGUUUUCGUUGUGUAGAGGAGUCUGUAAUCCGAGGCGUGUACCCGUUUUUCGAAGCAGUAACUAAAAAUAUCUACAAUGAACGAAAUAAAAUCACUAGAACAUGCUACUUUGAAGGUACCAUACGAGGUAUUUAACAAAAGGUAUCGUAAUGCUCAGAGGGUGUUAGACGUGGAAGCGAGACAAGUAGCUACAUCAGUGAGUGAUAUUGACACGGCUACAAAGAAAGCUGCCAAUUCUGGAGAGAUAGAUAAAUUGCUCGGUGGUAUGGUAGAGAAGUUAACAACCAUGAAACGAAAAGCAUCUGAAGCAAUAACAGAAGAAGUCCAAGCUGCAUUUGUUUGUAAGAAGCGUCUGGAGCACCUCAAAGAACAGGCUGAAGCUUUAGCCGAUCCCAGCGCACCACAAGCAAAGACACAAAUUAAUCAAUGGCGCAAAGUUCGUUUGGACAGAAUGCUAGUGGAUUAUUUCCUUCGCAACGGUUACUACGACUCCGCUAACAAACUGGCAGAUGCUCGCGGUCUCAGAGAACUGACUAAUGUCGACAUCUACACGGCGGCGGCGGAGGUGGAGGCCGAGCUGUCUGCGCGGCGCACGGCGCGCUGCCUGCAGUGGUGCGCCGACAACAGGUCCAAGCUGCGCAAGCUCAACUCCACCAUGGAGUUCAAAAUACGUAUACAGGAGUUUAUAGAGUUAGUUCGCGAGGAUAAGCGCCUGGAUGCGGUUCGGUAUGCCAAGAAACACUUCUCCUCCUACGAGGAGGGCCAGCUGGAGGACAUCCAACACUGCAUGGGUAUGCUGGCCUUCCCGAAGGAUACCGACGUGGAGCCGUACCGCGCGCUGCUGGGUUCGUGGCGCUGGGGCGCGCUGGUGGCGCAGUUCCGCUGGGAGCACGCGCGCCUGCUGCACCCCGCGCGCCUGCCCGCGCUUCCCGUCGCGCUGCAGCUCGGCCUCGCCGCGCUCAACACGCCUCAGUGCUACAGCGAGAGCACGCAGGUGUCGGCGUGCCCGGCGUGCCAGCCGCCGCUCAACGCGCUGGCGCGCACGCUGCCGCACGCGCACUGCUCGCACUCGCGCCUCGUGUGCCGCCUGUCGCGCCUGCCGCUCAACGAGCACAACCAGCCCAUGGUGCUGCCCAACGGACAGGUCUACGGCGAGAAGGCACUGAAGGAGAUGAUGAAGGAACACGGAUCGAUCAUAUGCCCGAAAACGAAGGAAGUGUUUUGUAUGAAACGCGUCGAAAAAGUCUACGUUAUGUAAACGUACGCGUACUACAUUUAUGUAUAUAUAAAUAUUUUGAUUUACUUUCACGUAGUCAUCAUUAUUUUAAAACUCGUGUCCAUAUUGGUAUUAUAAUUAAGUUGCUAUUUUAUAUACUCUUUAAUUGUGCUUAUAUUUAGAUUUGUAUCGAUUUCUUAAUGAAAUUUAUAUUUAGCGAUUAUAAAUUUAAUGGCAACCCUGAAUCUCUAUUCAGACCCUUCAUGUACUGCCAGGUUUAUUAUUAAAUUAUUUAUUUUGCAUUUUAGUGUGUACAUAAUCUGAUUGCCUGUCAACUUCCCGAUGUCUGAUCAACGAUGUUGCCACUUUGUCCAUUUUAAAUACCUACAUAUUUGUAUGAAAUAAAAAUAUAUAUAUAUAAAGUUUAGUUCAUUCGCGUUUUUAAGAAAAAAUAUUAUAGUUUUUGUUGAUUACUCCCAUGUAACUGGUGAAAUAAACACUAAUUAACUGUA